CGGCAAUCGUCAUCGAUAAUGGCUCCUCCGCAGUUCGCGCCGGAUGGUCUUUCGACUCGAAACCUCGACUGUCAGUCCUUCCAAACAUGGCCAGGUAUCGCGACCGCAAGCUCAACCGAACCUUUACUUUUGUCGGAGCAGAUGUCUACGCCGACGGCACAGCACGAGGACAGUCCAAGCCCGUGUACGAGCCUGGCAGCAACAUCAUCAACAACUGGGAUGUCAUGGAGGGUGUGCUAGACUAUUGCUUUGUCAAGAUGGGCGUCGAUGGCCGCGAAGGGCGCGUAGACAGGCCCAUUGUCAUGACAGAGCCCAUCGCCAACCUGGGCUAUUCAAGAAAGACCAUGUCUGAGAUCCUGUUCGAGUGCUACGGCGCACCCUCGGUCGCAUACGGUAUCGACUCGCUCUUCUCCUACAGCUACAAUGGCGGUCGCAGCGGCUUGGUCAUGGACUCUUCGUAUACCUCCACACACGUCAUUCCCGUCGUCAACUCGAAGCCUCUGUUGUCGCAAACAACACGACUCAACUGGGGCCGUUUCCAGUCCGCACAAUACCUGCUGAAGCUGCUGAGGCUAAAGUAUCCCACUUUCCCUGGCAAGAUUAGCGACAACCAGGCCGAGGAUCUGGUCCGAGAACACUGCUACGUAUCGCAGGACUAUGAGAAUGAGCUCAGCCACUACCUUGACUGGACGGGCCUUGAAGACCGAGACCACACAAUCCAGUUCCCCUACACAGAGCAGAUUGUGGUGCAGAAGACGGAGGAAGAGCUGGCAGCUGCAGCAGAGAAGCGCAAGGAGAGUGGCCGCCGGCUACAGGCUCAGGCUGCCAAGAUGCGUCUCGAGAAGCUAAAGAAGAAAGAGGAGGAGCUGGAGUGGUGCAUACAACUACAGGCACAGUUGGAGGAGAUUAGCACAAAGAAGGAAAAGGCACGUGUUCUUGAGUCGAACGAUUUUGACGAUGAGAACCAGCUCAACAAACGGGUAAAGGAGCUGGAAUUUGCCAUCAAGAAGGCUCGGAACAAGGACCUGGGCGACGUAGAAGAGGAGCAAGCGGAACCGCCGACCUUUCCUCUUCUCGACAUUCCCGAUGACCAGCUAGACGAGGAGGGCAUUAAGCAGAAGCGACAGCAGCGGUUGAUGAAGUCCAACUAUGACGCCCGCCAGCGCGCAAAGAUUGAGAAGGAAAAGGAAAAGGCACGAUUGGCAGAAGAGCAGCGCCUCGACGACGAGCGGCGAGAAACGGACCCUCAGGGCUGGAUCGAGGAGCGCAGAAUGGCACGCCAGGCCAUUAUCCAGAAGAUCAAGGACCGGGAGCGACUCAAGGCCGAACUCGGAAACCGCAAAUCCCUUGCCAACCAGAUGCGUAUGAAGUCCAUUGCAAACCUUGCCUCGGACGCCCCUACGAAGAAAAGACGGCGAGGAGGCGGUGACGACGAUACCUUUGGUGCAGAUGACGCAGACUGGGGCGUCUACCGCACGAUUGCCACUGGCGAGGGCUCGGACGAUGAAGAGGAGGAGGAUCUCUCCAAGAAUCUCAAGGAAAUAGAAUCUCAACUCCUCAAGCACGACCCCAACUUUACAGAGGAAUCAACGCGCGAGGCGCAGACGGAUUGGACCAAGAGCAUACUACAUGCUUUUCUCCACGGCCCCUACCCCUUUGAUCCAGAGUCGCAAAAGGAAAUCAACCAAAUACACCUCAAUGUCGAGCGCAUACGCGUCCCCGAAGUCGUCUUCCAACCAACGAUUGCUGGUCUUGAUCAAGCAGGCAUCGUCGAGAUUGCAUCCAACAUCCUCACCGAGCGCCUGGCCGAUUCACCGUACCGCGACGACGUGCUCAAGGACAUAUUCCUGACUGGUGGCAAUACCAUGUUCCAGGGCUUUGAGGAACGGCUCAGGGCUGAGCUGAGAGCCGUUCUGCCUGCUGAGCAGACAAUCAGCGUUCGCAAGGCGAAUGAUUGUGUGCUUGAUGCUUGGCGUGGUGCUGCGCAGUGGGCUGGCAAAAAGGAGUCGAAGCGGAAUUUCAUCACCCGGGAGGAGUUUUUGGAAAAGGGUGGCGAGUAUAUCAAGGAGCAUGAUCAUGGCAAUGCUGCUUAUUAGUUUUGUCUCUGUGUCGGGAUUUCUCUUUGGUGUAAUAUCAAGGGCGGGUAGAGGGCGUAUUAUUUCAUCUGAGACUUGCGAAUU